UUCAACUUCAAUACAAUGUAAACAAUGCAUCUGACAAAAUACUGUUUAGUGGGAGAAAAUUGGCUCGUUUGUUGGAUACAGCAGAGAUGUAGUUAAAGCAGAGUUUCCAGGAGCGUGUAAUAAGAACUGAUAGGCAAAUUAAUUUGUUUGGUUAUCUAUUUAUUUUCAUUUGGUUGCAAUAGUUAUGAAAAGUAGAGUUAUUAGAACAGGCUCAGGGCUGACUAUUGUGAGGAAGGAUAUGUAAUUUGUCUCUUUAACAUGAUUGAUAUCUUUUUAAUCACCAAUAGUCAAAAACAUGACCCGAGGUAUCCAAUAAGUAUUUAUAAAAGCAGACUCUUGACAGUUGACUCAUUCCUGGUUACCAGAUGCCUUUCGUCAUUUACAAGGCAUCCCAGGAACAUUUUCUAAUAUUCAACACUUGCAUAGAUGAGUGGCUCCAAUUGCCAGUCAGACAGCACGGAGAUAGGCUGUGCAUUCAUGUGUCUGCGCCAACCAUGGAGCACCUAUUUGCUCUAUUCCCACACUAUUUCCAUUUUAUUCUCCCAAACUGGAUUUUACCACCGAACCACAUAAAGCGAUGGCUUGCAGUGGCCAAGCCGCAUGGUCAUGGGGGGUACAUAUAUAUUCCACAUAGAUGGCAGUGGAGGUUAGGAGUGAACUCUGUACUAGCUUUAUCAACUAUACUAUUGUGCUAUCUGAAAUGUAUGGUGAAUAAAAGUGUACCCGCAUUUAGGUUGCUAAAGUUGAAACUAUUUAAAAUGUGAGGCGAUACACUGCAUUUGUUGUAAGAGUAAUGCCGGAAGUGCUGUUUUCAUCAUUUUUCUGUAAAUGUGGCUGAUUUUGGAACAGUUCUACCUGCAUGAUUGAUGUGCGAUAUUAUUUGUUUUUUCUCUAGGUGUGCAUUUCUGCCUCCACCUCCACCACUCCACUCUCACACUUGUCUGUUGUACCAUCUAAGUCAAACCUACUCAUUGGCCUUCAUUCCACUUUGCUGUCCAAUGCCCACAUACUCUUAAUGUCAAUGCAUGAAGUCUAUAAGAAUUAAUGAGACAGAACCCACUAAAGACAAAUUGAUUGAUCAUUACCUUGGAUGUAGCCCAGAUGAUCCAGCACUCGAUGGAACUUACAUUGGUAAGUCAGAGGUUAUCUCGCCCUUGGAUGACCUAGCCUUUGAUAUGUACCAAGAUCCUGAGGUGGCCCAAAUAAUACGUAAAUUAGAUGAAGAAAAACAUGAAGCAGUUAAGCUUGAGCGCUAUGACUUUGCAAAGAAACUUAAACAAGCUAUUGCUGAUCUUCAGAAGGUAGGUGAACGUCUAGGCCGUUAUGAGGUGGAAAAACGAUGUGCAAUAGAGAAAGAGGACUAUGAUCUGGCAAAGCAGAAGAAACUGCAAAUGGAUGAUUAUAGGAUGAAAGUUUACAAGCAAUUGGAGCUACAUAACCUUUUAGACAUGGGAAUGAUUCGAAAGCUUCCUGAGUUUCCUCUUGAACCAAUGGAUCACCCCAGUAGGCUUCAACAGGAACAGAAAGUUCUGGAAGUGGAAUCCAAUCGGUUAUCUGAUAAAGUCCAUCUGCAAGAAAUGCCUCUAGUAAAUUCCAAACUACAACACCAAACUGCUGGAAAGCCAAAGUGGUCUCCUACACCACAGCCUUCUCCUGCACCACCUGUCAGGCUACCUUCUCCAAGGGUGGAUACUGGCUCGCUUCCUUAUGAUGAGAGACCACUCCCAGCUCAAAGCAAGCCUUCAGAAUUGGACAGUGAUUCUCAACAAGACAGUAAUGAGAUGCCUGCUGUAAACACAGACACUUCACCUACAUCAGGAAGUGGUAUCACUGGAGAACCAGAGCCAUUAACUGAGAAAGCUUUCAGAGAAGCUAGUUUCGCCAUUGAUUUAUUUGGAGAGGCACUGGUGGCUGGUGCCUAUUCAAAAACUUGGUCGUACAGGGAAGAUGCUUUGCUGGCUGUUUAUAAAAAGCUUUCCACUGUUUCUGAUGAUAUUUCCAAGGACGAGCUAAAGAAUAUGUUACGAGCUGCAAUCUUCCUUGUUCGUAAAGCUAUUAAAGACAAAGUAUCAUCGGUUUUCCAAGCAUCUCUGAAGUUACUAAAAAUGCUGAUAACUCAGUUUGCUCCCAAACACAAGCUGGGCAAAGUUGAAAUUGCUCAUUGUGUUGAGAAAACGUUACCCAUCCUCCUCAGUAAGACUGGAGAUGCAACAACACAUCUUCGAGUGGCUGCAAUGAAUUUCAUACAAGAAAUGGCAUUGCUGAAAGAAGUACGGCCACUUCAUAUAAUCCCACCGCAGCUGAUGCAGCCCCUGAAACCACAGGUUGCAGUCCGCUUGGUAUUGAAUCAAAUUGAAUUGGUGGAGCGUUUACUGAAGGAGUUGGGCACAGAUAAUAGUGGUUUCACCAUAGACAAUGUCAUGAAGUUUACAGCAGAAGCUUUGGAACACUCUGCUUCAGAAGUCCGAGAUACUGCUGUGCGGAUUAUCUUUAACAUGUAUCGACGUCAUGGGAGUGUGAUUUUGCACUAUCUUCCACCUGAUGAUGCAAAUAUUCGUAAGAAUGUGCUAUACAAAUCACUUUUUGAUGGGUUUGCAAAAAUAGACGGGAGGCCAACAGAAGCUGAACAACGAGCACAUAAAAAAGCUGUGGCAGACGAGGCAGAGAAGCGGAAGAAGGAAGAAAUACGAGCUCUUCAGGAACAGCUGGCGGCAUUGAGAGAAAUACAGGCAGAAGUCCAGGCUGAAAAGGGGAAGGAUGUCGAGAACAGCAAACAUUCUAAAACAGACCAGGGAACAAAAGUUCCUGCUUCUCAGCCAGAGAUACCAUUUGAACAGUCCACAGUUGCUGAUUAUUUGGAUAAUUUAUGCAUAUUCUGUGGGGAGAGGAAUGAAAUGUUUACAGAUGAAGGCUUGGACAUCCAUUACUGGAAGCACUGUCCAAUGUUGAGACGGUGUGAGCAUUGCAAACAAGUGGUAGAAAUAGCCAGCCUCACUGAGCACAGGCUAACCGAGUGUGAUAAAAAAGAUAGCUUUGGGAAGUGUCAGCGCUGUAGUGAGGCAAUAGCAAAAGAGGAUCUCCAGGAACAUCUGAAGACAAAGAACUGCAAUGCCGCCAAGCCUGAGAAAAUUGCCAAUCACUGUCCACUCUGCCAUGAAAAUUUCCAGCCAGGAGAGGAGCCCUGGAAAGUGCAUCUCAUGGGAAGAGACGGCUGUAAAAUGAACCCCCGCAGAAUGCAGACGUUACAGAGGACCCAGCAACUCCAAGCAAAACCAGGAACUCUGGCUACUUCUCGGCCAGGUCCCACAGGAAUUAAAGGUCGUUCUCCAACCACCACCAGCAGAAUCCCUGCACCAAGAGCAGGGUUAAACAAAACAACAAGCAGAACUCUAAAUCGUCGAUGAAUUUACUCUCGAUAGGACAAGCAGCAAGUCUAUUGUAACCUCUGCACCAUCGAUUCAAAACAUAUGGUCUGCUCUGCCAUUUGUGAGAACACACAGUACUAAAAUCCCAAUAUCAUCAAUAACAGGUGAAAGAUUGUUAUUAUGAAGAUAAAGAACCUUUUAGAGUCUUGGACUUAUUUUGAAGUUCUAUCAAACAUCCACUCAAGCCAGAUUCUAACUUAAUUCUUUAAUGAACUCCACUCGUACUAAGAAAAAAUGGAGUUCAGUAAAUUCGUUUUUUCUGUUACAGACAUGUGCCUGAAAACCAUGAGCAGAACAUUAGAAAGAGAAUAAUGCACUGAAUACUGUUUUAACAGAAAUGUUUGCUUGUAGAAUUUACAAUAUUUUUCUGUUGCCUACUGUUCACUCAACAAUUUCAGCCAAGAAUGGAAUCGGACAGCUGUGGAGUAAUCAUUUGUAGGAAUCCUUAGAGUGCAGUAUUAAAAAAAAAUACAUGUAUGCAAUCAUUCCCUUUUAAAUUUUGUGUACGCCUGAACAGAUGGCUAGGGCAACUAUUGUAUUUGCAGAAAUCUUAUAAUUUGUAUGAAUUGCUUUAUCUUGAAAAUUAGCUAUUUUUCAAAGUGAAGGGACAUUUAUAUGCACAUAUUCGAGGAGCAUUAAGGGAUGAAGAUUAUCAUGACCAGAUAAAUUAUUCAUUUUUGGGGGCUGACUGAAAGCAAGUACUGUCACUUACUAUAAACGCCCUCAGUGAAGUAGGUUGUGUAGCAAACAAAUCAUGUAAUAAAUCUGGCAAUGGCUUCCGCAAAUUUGACAUGGGAGUUCAAUUUGAGAUGGAUUGAGAAAAGCUAGGCAACGGGACUCUCAUUGCAGCUCUUUCAUGCAUCUCUCGUGCAAAUGUCUGGUUGCUUUUACUGUAUGAAUAGAUUCAUUUACAGUGAAGUGACUUAACUUUGCUUAUGUAAACAUUUGACAAGGAAAAUAUUGAUGGUAAAAUGCAUUGGGGAGAUCCAUGAACUAAAAGAAAACGCAGCAUUUCUAGUUUAAUGUUUUGAUGUUAAAUAAUUGCCUAGGUGGAGCACAUAAUGAAACAUCAAUUGAAAAGGGAUACACACGUAUAAUUCACCUGAUUUUUCCAUUCAUUUAAGUUGCUCAGAUAGUUAACGUAAUGAUUGGAAUAUGUACUCAAAUUCUACAAUCUUAACAUAAUUGCUGAAAAUUAACUUAUUGAAAUCCUUAAUACCCUAUGUCUUCAUCAAAUGUGCACUUGUUUAAAGAUGUUGAACCCCACCCAGUUCUUCCUGAAUUAGUGGGUUGUGUUGAAUGCAAUGUUUAUAUUGAAAUAUUUAUCAAACAAAAAAACUAUCCUUUUAAAUUUUUUUUUUUUUUAGUCUAGUACAAAUGGAUACUGAGACUUUUAUUCAGACCCAGGGUUAGAGCAAGAUUUAGUCCGAAGUUGUCAAAAGUAGGAAAGUAGUAUCCAUAUUAAAUAUUGGAAGUGCAGUGAAAAAUGUCAACAUCUGAUAAUCACCAUCUCAAAAUUUAUCAUGAAUCAUUGGACUCGGCACGUGAAUAUUUCCUUUAAAUUUUAAGCUAGAUCAUUAGUCACAAAAUCAGAUUUGGUCAAAAAUGCUAAGAGUGAAAAUAGAAUAAGAAUUUUCAGCUGUGCUGUCUAAAUUUCUGUAUCACACAGUGCAGUUAAGCCUUAUUUCGCUGAUUUUAAAUUUAAAUUGUCAGAACAAUAUUCAGCAUGUUAAAGUUGCAUAAAAUCUUGGUUAAUCUGAUUUAGUCUUGUUUUGCUUUAAAUGCAUAGUUUCAGAGCAUUUAAGAUCAUUGCGCAAACUAUUGUUGAGCUUGUAAAAAAUGUAAUAUUAAUGCUUAAUCACUGUGGUUCAGUAGUUGGAGGAAUUGAGCUAAUUUGUCCCAGAUUCUAUUGAUGUAUUUAUCUUGAUCAAAAAAUAUUGAAUGUAUAUUUUAGAGAUGCAGCUGUAUAUAUGUCAAAAAUAUCUAGUUUUGUAUUUAUUACACUUUCCUGUAACAUAUUUAAUCCAUUUUCGUUAUUGGAUUUGAUUCAAUCCUUCAAAUGGUUUCUGUGUGAUCAUACACAUAGCUUUUUUUUAAACACAAUGCAGAUGAUGUGAAAAAGCUUUUUCUUUAUUUUUCUGUGCAAUUCUUCUCUCUCUUUCUCUUUUUCAUGGCUGCUUGUCACUGUCACUUGUCACUGUCUGGUAACAAUUUCUCAUGUCCGCCUGAGUGGUAAGCAUCAGCAAGCUAUUUCCAAGAGGACAAAUUAUCACAAACCAAUCCCAAUCAUGUCAUCAAUCAUUUUCCAUGUCUACACUUCCAGUAAUGAUUCCUAACCAAUGCCUAGAGUUGGCUGCCUGACAAAUCUAUCACUAUAAACGAGGAAAGAUAAGGCCAACUAUAAAAUUCCAGCUCAACAAAGAUGAUUAUUUUUGCAGAACUUCAGCAGUUUGAUUACUGCAUAAACAGUGAAGGUCAACUUCCAGGCCUAAAACCAUUCUACAGUCCCCAAAAUGAGUAAUGCACAAUACAGCAUACCCUCUUGAUUUAUCCUCCCAUUACUUGUGAAAGGAUGUGCCUGUGAGAAUGUCUAACUGAGAUUUCAAAUACGCAACAUCCCUAGCAUACUAUAUGUCGUGAAAAUCUGCAAUUGAAAGAAAAUUUACAACCAGCAAGAUUUAAAAAAAAGCAUAACUUUGCACUUGAGUUGCAUAGAAUGACACUUUGAGUCAUGGCAGUUGGAGAAGUUGAAUUAAUUCAUUGUGUAAGCAAAGCUUGCGUGAAUAAUUUUCUUCCCCCAUCAAAUACUGAAUGUCUGCCAGAUAUGUAGCAACAAUUCAGGAAUAUUAUUAAACAAAAUUGAACUGAUCUCUGGAAACAAAUAUUAAAGUGUGUCUUCAUCCUGAAGCAUUAACUCUGCUUCUCUAUCCAUAGAUACUGCUUAAUCUGCUGAUGGUUUCCAGUGUUUUCUGUUUCUGUUUUGUAUGUUAGGGCAGAUGGCCAAAGGCUUGGUCAAGUAAGUAUGUUUUAAGGAAUUUCAUUAAGGCUGGAUGCCAUCAGAGGGUCAUUCAUGCCAGAAUAGGUUAAUCAGCACAAAUUUCAUGCAUGAAUGGAGCCUGAUGCAUGUUAGCACACAAGCGGAAAAGUUUUCAAUGACCUUGUUUAGAAGGUUUUGGGUGGCGGCUUGAAAUACAUUGGAAUAGUCACCUCAUAAGAUAAUAAAGACUCGAAAUUGGUGCAGAUGUGGGCAAUAUUGGAGCAGGAAAUGGUGAGUUAAUAUUUGAAACUCAUCUUGCCACCAAGAUCAUAACUCAUUUCAGACAGUUUAUAAGAAGAGGAAUUAAGUUGAUGGAUAAGAUAUGUGCUUUUAAUUGGUUCGUAUGGCAUUUUUUUUUACAGCUUGAAAAUUAACUUAACUCAGAGUAAAUCAAAACAGUAAUCACUUGGAUGAAAUCACAAUGGUGGAGGUCAAAUCAUGCAGUAUAGGCAAGAAAGCAAACCAAUGCCUCAGCAUCCUCAGAAGACACAGGAAAUUUGACAUAUUACUAACGUCACUUACCAAUUUUCACAGGUGCACCAUUGAAAGCAUCCUAUAGGGGGGAUGCAUCACAGCUUAGGGAUACACAUAUCAGGCAGAAGAUACAAAAGCUUGAAAACACAUCGGAUUCAAGGGAAGCUGCUUUCCUGCUGUUACCAGAUUCUUUAAUGGAUCUCAUAUACGAAGGGUCUUCCAACCUACCUUGUUGUGGCCCUUGCAUUAUUUUUUCUUUGCACUUUCUGUGCAAUGGAGCACACUAUUCUGCAUUCUGUUCCCUUUCUGUUUUGCAUUAUUGUACUCAUGAAUGGUAUGAUCAUCCUUAUGUCUGAUAUGAUUUGCCUGGCCUAUGCGCAAAGCAAUAUUUUUUCAUUGUAUCUCAGUACACAUCACAAUAAUAAAACAAUACCUAAUUACAUAGUU